AUGAUGGAUUUAGUGCACAUGGUUGAUCCAAUUAUUCAGCAAGAAACAUUUCUGAAUAAAGAAAGAGAUAAGAAGAGGCAAUACCGCAAAAGAAGUAAAGCUACUGAGAGUGAAAUUUCCAUUGAAAAUGAUGAAGCUUCGGAAUAUAAGGAUAUUACUACAUUGGCCAAUAAUAUGGAUUUGACACUUAAAUAUGACGAAGAUAAUGGAAUGAUUGAGACACAUAUUAAUGAUGAUGGGUCAACAUCAAAUUACUUUGAUAAAAGAAAACUAAAAGUUGCCCCAAGAUCAACUUUGCAAUUUAAAGUUGGUCCGCAUUUUGAGAAAGCAAGGCAACUGUAUUCUGUAAUUGAACUCAAUACUGGGAAAAAACUGAACAUAACCCUUUGUCCGCGGAUCGAUAGAGGAUUCGAUUUUAUUGAAAAUGAGUGGGUUGGCUAUAAGAGAAAUUAUUUUACCUUAGUUUCCACCUUUGAAACUCCGGAUUUCAAUUUAGAUCAAUUUUUGGCAAGUUCAUUUGGGAUAAUUCCUAGAAACAAAAAUAAAACCAAUAUAGGGGAUAUAUCUGUUGAACUUCAGCCAAUCAAAUAUUUUGCAAUAAAAAUUCAAGCACGGAGUGCAGAGGAUAAUUCUAAAAUUGAAUUAAUUCAACAUACUGCAAAAAGAGAUAAAGGACCACAUUUUAAACCACCUGUAUUUCCUUUGAUACCUGGACCUCUUCCACAACAUCAAAUAAUUAGAGAGGCUUCAAAUGUUCGUAAUUUAGCCAAAAUGAAAAAAUAUGACUCCACAUUCCAUUUCCACAGAGAUAAAGUGCCAAAUUUCUUCUCCAAAGACUCCAUCAUUAAUACUUAUCCUGAAGAUUGUAUCAGAAAAGUAGCAAGAUAUGAACGUGUGCAAUUUGCUUCCUCAAUGAAUAUUAAAAAUCCACUGCAAAGAAAUAAAUAUUUUAAACUGCAUGUAAUUUUAGGCGCAAUUAUUGAUGUUCAAACGGGAGACGAUUUAGAAGAUUGCUCAUUUCAAUCUGAGAUCAAUUCGGAAGAUACUAUGUAUAAAGAAGUUUUUAUUCCAAUUCAAGAAAUGAGAACACCUUCUUUAAUAAUACGUGGACGCUCUCCUUCAAAUUAUGCAAAUUCUAAAAGAAUAACAAUGAAAACUUCCUCAACUCCAAUCUCAGCAAAUAAAGAUAAAUAUAGAAGGAAAAGUAAACAAUUAGAACUUGAUAAAAAUAGAAUUAUUUUAUCUACAAUGGAUUCAAACUCAAUUCAAGGAAGGCCUUCUAAAAGAAAUAAGAAAAAUAACACAUUACCAAUGGUGACACCCACUGUGAAUAAUGCCAUAAAAAACACCAGAAUAAAUUCAAGAAUGCAUUCAUCAUUUCAAAAAUCUGCCAUACAAAAUGUAGAAACUCUGAAGCAUAUUGAAAAUCUAAUAAUUUCCAAUCCUUCCAAUAAUCCUUAUAUACUUUCCUCCUUAAAGGAAAGGGAAAGCGAAAAUGUAAAUCAAAAUUCCGACAAUAUUCCAGACUCCAUAAAUAUAAAAGAUGUAGAAUUAAAACCAUUAAAAUAUUUUAAGAAUGAGAAAAUAUCUCUAAAAACAUCGGUACUUCCUUCUUCUAUUGAUUUGUCAUUUAUCUCUAAUCCAAAAAUAUCAAAAAAAGAAAAGAUAAUAGAUCCUAUUGACAAAGAUGAUGAUCUUAUCGAAAAUUUUAGUCUAACAAAAGCUGAGAGAAUACUUUCUAAUGGAUUAAGUAAGUAUUUAAAUGAUGAAAGGGAUAUAUCAUCUUCCCUUGACUCUAGUUUUGAAGAAGGAUUAAGUCUAAUAUCAGAAGGAAUAAAUAAAUUAACGACACAAGAAGUUCCACCUACCAGGGAGGGUAGUUCAUUGAAUCUUGAAAUAAUCCCAAGAUUAUUUUCUGGAAAGGGGUCCAAGUCUGAGAAUCAAACAAUGAUACCUCUGUGCUCAUCUGAUUUUGAUCGUGAGCUCCUCUUCAGCGAAAAUUUGAAGAAGAGUUAUCCAUCAAAUUUGGAACAACAUAUUUAUGAACUUCACCAGCAAUCAUAUCAAUAUUGUAUGCCAUCUGAAAAAGGUAAUCACUCAUAUAGUGUUGAGUAUGAAAAUCGAUUGACAACUACUAGUUUUUUGCCAACAGAGGCAAUUGGAUCUCAUAAAUUGUUUGAUGAAACUAGUUUUUUUGAAAAUUAA